UUCCUACGAGAAAAUAGAACUUCAACGUCUGACGUGUCACCCUGUCGUUGCUCCUUCCUUCUUUUUUUUCCUCACAACAAUCACAAGAAGCACUUUCGGAGUCUGAGCUUUCACUUCUUCCAACUUCUUCAUCUAUCUAUAUACUUCUCUUGUAACCUCUCAUCUUUACAAUAACACUUUUUCCCUCAGAAAUUAACCGUUUUUCCUUUCUGGGUUUUGUAUAAUUUUGUUGAUUUUCCAUUCCUUCUAUUUUUUUGCUGCUGCUAAGUAGCAGUGGUAUGUAUGACUUAUGAGCUUUGAGCCUCUUUAUAUUUUGAAAAGAAGAUUGGAAUUUUUUUUUUCUUUUGGGAAAGGCUUCUAGUGGUUGGAUUUUUGUCCAUCAAGUUAUUGAUCGAGGAGGGGGUUAUCACUUAUCAACCUUUGGUAGUGCGUGAUCACGGGAUCUUGUAGAUGAUGGAGAGGGUUUUUUGUGCUUUGUGAUUCUGAGAUGUGAAUUAAUGGUUGGUGAAGUAAAGAAUCAAGGCAGAGUUUGCAUGAUAAAUUUGACUUUUGGAUCGAGGUGGGUCCAUUUUUGUACACAAUUUGUUGUUUGAUUCUGUUUCCAGCUUUCUAAGGGAGAGAUGGGAGGAGGGUGGAACUUGUGAUUUUCUUGUUUGUGUUGUACUUUUCUUGAUUUCGGAAUUCGUAUCCAGAAAGAGGAGUUUUAGUACUUAGGUGUUGUGAUCUGAUUGUAAGGAGGGAAGCAAAGUUGAGGAAGUUUGGAACUUCUGUGAAGAGGGAGGAGAAGAUCUUGAUUCUUGACAAGAGGUUGUUUCUGCAGCUAUGGCGAUUCAAGAUCAAAAUGGAUUUAACAGAUCACAGGGUGGUCCUCCAAUAGGAGGUGGAGUAUCUUUGAGUUCUGGAGUGCAUUCUGUCACACAUAUUCAACUUAGUGACCAGUUUUCUUGUGGCAACGACUAUGCUCUGAAGGUAAGAAAGCCUUAUACUAUCACCAAACAGAGAGAGCGAUGGACAGAUGAAGAACAUAAGAAGUUCCUUGAAGCUUUAAAGCUGUACGGACGGGCUUGGCGACGUAUUGAAGAACAUGUUGGCACAAAGACUGCUGUUCAGAUUCGAAGUCAUGCUCAGAAGUUUUUUUCUAAGCUUCUUCGCGAUCCUACUGGGAACAAUACAAACACAGUGGAGUCAAUUGAAAUUCCUCCUCCAAGGCCGAAACGAAAGCCAGUGCAUCCUUACCCUCGUAAACUAGUUGAGACCCCUAAUAAAGAAAUUUUGAUCCCAGAACAACUUAUGAAGUCUAAUUCUCUGAAGUCAUCAGACUUUGAUCAAGAAAACCAAUCUCCAAAAUCAGUAUUAUCAGGAGUUGGUUCAGACAGCCUUGGCUCCUCUGAUUCAGACACACCAUAUGGAAGUUUGUCGCCCAUGUCAUCCAUUAGUGGCAUCCAUACAAGCAGUUUUACACGUGCUGAGCCCAAAACAACAUCUGAGGAAGCUGGGAUGGACACUGAUUCAGCUCAUGAUGAGAAACCUCUUAUGAAAUUCAAGCUUCCUCCAAAUGAAUGUGUUUCCAUCAAAGAUGACACAGCAGAAGAAUCUUCCGGUCGGACUUUCAAACUUUUCGGAAUGACUCUAUUUGUAACAGACACCUGCAAACCAUCUCCAACAAUCGAGGCAUGCAAACCGAUACCUCUAAACAUUCGUGUGCGAUGCCUUUCCUCCUCCAUGGGGGAUGAUGGCAAAUUGGAACUUCUUGGCCACUCUACAGCAAGUGAAACAUCAGCAGUAUCCAAGCUAAAGGUGAGAGUGGGACCUGAAGCAUGUGGUAAAGGGUUUGUGCCAUAUAAAAGAUGCAUAUCUGUUGUGACAGCUGAUAAUAGAGAAGAGCAAUGCAUCCAUCUUUCCUUGUAGCUUACCCCACUGGAUAUUUCUUCAAAAGGGUUCCCUUUGAGAUGAUGAGCUGUAAUGGUUGUUUUAGCUGCUGGAUGUGAGUUGGCAUAAAAUAGGGAGCUGAAAAUUUUGACAUUUCUGUUGCAUUACACUGCACAUUCUCCAGCUGUUCAAAUCCGUGAACUUGCCUUUUGUAUUUUUUUGACUUUCAAGUUUCAACUGUGAAUUAUAUCUAGUGUUUUUGUUUGUUUUUUUUUUUUUUAACUUUUUAUGCUCCUUAAGAGUAUGCAAAGUGUAAGUCACGUACUUGUGCAGUGCUUAUUAACGUUCUUGUUCAUAGAUUCUGCAUUUACUACCA